AUGGCUACCAAAGAUGAAAGCUCUGUUGACGUUGAUUUUGCAGUGUGUUCAUAUCAAAAGGACUGUUUUUACUUCAUAUCAAGAGGACUAUUUUCUUUAUACAAUGUCUUUAUGGGUAUGUUAUCGUAACUUUAAAGCUUUUGUGCAAAGAUAUUCCUGGAUCGAUGAUAUCGAGGGCAAACGAGAGCUGAUUUAAAUGCAAAAAAAAAGUGCGAAUUAAAGUUUUGGCUUAAUCGUCGUGGCUUACGUCAACAGAUACGAGCUUGACUUCUUUCCAGGUAAUCUUUUUUAGCAAUGGUUUUGAUACUCUUUCAUUUUUUAUGCGGGCCUUUAUUUAAAAAGCUGAAAACGAUUAAUUAUUACCGCUCGUAAGAGACUUAGAUUAUCUAUCAGGUAUUAAAUAAAAGCUUAUUGAAAGGAUUUUUCAUGUUGCUAAACUGAUCCUUUCAAAAUGUACGAUACUUCUAUCUCGAUAAAAAGUUUAUGCUUUUCAUUAUCAGUUUUUUUAUGUUAUUAUGUAUAGGUUUUGAGGUAAGAAAGAAGUUGGAUAAAAACGUUUAUACUCCAGUCGAUCCUUGCACAGAAUAAUUUUACACUCUGGGAAGGCGUAGCACAGUAAUCCAGAAAGCUAUCAGCUCGAUUCCUGGUUAGAGAUGUAGCCACUAAAGAGAGCUGGAGUAGAGAUGCAUCAAUUCUUACAAAGCACUCUCCUUGCAUUUACAUUGUUGAACAAGCAACGAAAAACUCAAAAAAACACCCUCGAAAAGGGAUACAAAUUUUUAUUUGAAAAUGACUGUCACGACGAUUAUUGUAGGCCUAUAUGGACAAUAAAUUCAUGUAGAGGGGAAUGCUUUAAAUCACUGAGGAAGAAUGAAAGGCCUCACAAUGUUAACAGUUGUGAUAAAUGCUCUUGUACAGCAGGAGGAAAUGGUUACUGUAAUCACAAGUUUAUAUUAUAUAAGUGUUUGAAUUCACUGAAUUCCCAAGAACUGGAAUGUGCACAACUCAAAACAGUAGCACAAACCAAGGACCUAGGGUAUGUACCCUAAUUCAUAUAAUGCAUACAAGGCAUAUAAUGUCAUCAGUCCUUAUUACAGGGAGAAAUGCUCAGGGAGAAAUGGGGGCUUUAAGGUGUCCCUCUUGUAUGCAGCCAGGCAACAUACUUUCCAAAAUAAAGAGAGGGCAAAUUAGCUCUUUCAUUCACUUAAGACAAUUAACUGUCCUGCAAUAGUUUCAACUUAAUUAACUGGAGACAAAGUUCCACGGGUACUGAGUUAAACAUCUCUCUUUAAUGGAGGCAAACUUCAGUGUUAUGACCACUAUUCCAAUUUGCCAAGACCAAGAGCUGUUGAUGGCUCCUUUCCUGAUCAUGAAUUCCCAAUUGACACUGACACACCAGCUUGAGUGGGAUUGCAAAUGCCCCUAUUUUCAGGAGGAGCAAUUUAUAAGUUGUUUUAAAAUUCCUAAUCCAUCCUUAACUGAUAAUCAAAAGGUCAGAGCAAAAAUCUCUUGUGGUUUCAAAGUAAAAGGUUCAGGUCAACUAGGUGUAAUUUGCACUUGUUUGCGAAUGGAAACUCAACAUCUCUCACUGCAAACAAGGUUUGUUCAAAAUACUCUUGUGUCACAGAAUGAUAUUUCUAAUAAUAUUGAAUGGCAAAUUGGUCUUAAGCAGCAACUGAGUAUGCUGAGUACAUAAAACAUUUUGGUUUAGCAUGAAUAUUUACAUGUACAUAUACAUUCAUCAUCCCCAAAAUGAAAAGAACAGACGAUUGUAUGUUUCUGCCCCUAGCAAAAAAGCAAUAUUUGAGAGAUAAAUAUAGCGGUACAAAUUAGAACCCACACACAAAAAGACUAAGUUACACACCUUUACGAUCGAGUACUCCUCCCUUUUAAUUCGCUGCAGCCGUGCUAGCUUUUAAUACAUGCUGAUUGCUUGCAAUCUUAUAUCACAUUUCUUAGUGUUGCGUUUGUUAUCGAACAUGAUAUCGCCGUAUGACUUGCAAAGACGAACCGCACAACUGCGAUUACUUUAGCCUGGGAAAAGGAUUCGCUGGUAUUUGUUAAUGUUUAUAGAGGAAAACAGUGGAAUAAAAAGAUUCAUAAUGGCAUGACUUUGCCUCUAGUCCUUACGUGUUACUGUCACGCGAGUCAAAACUCAAAGAUGGCGGCUGAAGUCUUUCCGCGAUUGACGUCAUAAAUUAAAAAUUCAAGAUGGCGCCCCGAAUUAUUAAAAGCGUGUAUAGAUGGUUUUCACAGUGACGUCAUCAAAUUGUAAAGUCAAAAUAGCGAAGUUUUACGAAUUCUUAUUUACACUAGGUUGAAGAUAAACAAAAAGUUAAUCUUUGUACAAGUUUUCAGUCCCAUAGCAUGUUUCAUUUCGAAAAUACAGCAAUUUGAUCUUCCGAGUUUUCAGAGUGCGUGACACCAAAAUAGGAAUGCUGUCUCGUUGAAAAAAAAGUCUCUCCUCUUGAUUUUCAGCAGUAUAACCAUUUCAAGUAUU